AUGAGAAGCUUUGGAAAUUUGGGGCAAUGGCCUCUACUUGCAUUUGCUUUGGCAAUUUGCUUUGUAGCCAGCACUGUUGUUGCUGACUACUCUUAUGACUAUACUUCUCAUUCACCUUCUUACAAUUCUAAGAAAGACUACAAAUCACCUUCUCCAUACUACAAGAAACCGGAAAAAUAUGUUGAACAUUCUCCAUCGCAUUACUAUUACAAGUCGCAUGCUCCUUCAAAACACUACUACAAGACACCUGUUGUUGCGAAGUAUUACAAGUCUCAUGCUCCUUCAAAGCACUACUACAAGGCACCUGUUGUUGCGAAGUAUUACAAGUCACACGCUCCUUCAAAGCACUACUACAAGGCACCUGUUGUUACAAAGUAUUACAAGUCACCUGCUCCUUCGAAACACUACUACAAGGCUCCAGUGGUAGUGAAGUAUUACAAGUCACCAGCCCCUUCAAAGAAUUACUACAAGGCACCUGUCCCUUCAAAGGAGUACUACAAGUCGCCAGCUCCUGCAAAGUACUACAAAUCUCCAUCACCUAGAAAGUAUUACAAAUCACCUACUCCUUCAAAAUAUUACAAAUCACCAUCACCAACAAAAUAUUACAAGUCGCCAGUUUACUACAAGUCUCCUCCACCACCACCACCAACUUAUUAUGAGAAAUCACCUUCUUACUAUAACUCCCCUCCCCCUCCACCAUACUACAAAGAAUCUACCCCUUCCUAUAAAUCCCCUCCUCCUCCACCAUACUACGAAGAAUCUACACCUUCCUAUAAAUCUCCUCCUCCUCCACCAUACUACGAAGAAUCUACCCCUUCCUAUAAAUCCCCUCCCCCUCCACCAUACUACGAAGAAUCUACACCUUCAUACAAAUCUCCUCCUCCUCCACCAAAGACCUAUGAACAAUCGCCAUCAUAUUACUCACCUCCACCACCACCACCACAAGUCUACUAG